GGCCGUUAUAAUUACCAAGGUUAUAACUAGUAUCUGUCAACAGGAGGCGCGUGUCAUCCAUUUCAUCACCCUCCCGAGUGACAGCGCGGUUUUAUGAAACAAACACACACAGACAAACCUGCUCAAACUAUCGCUCUGUUUACAGUAGGCAACAUUUCACGCGACGCAGUGAACGCGUCCUGUCCAUUCUCAUUGUGCCUAUUUUAAACGCGUCCUCGUCACCUUUUUUCUUUAUUAUUAGUGUUCGCGGGUUGAUUUUGGAGCCGGUGUUGUUAUAAACGGGGGUGUGAAAGUGAAGUUUAAAGCGGAAGUGUACCACUUGUCUGUUUCUGAGUCUCAUUCAUGCGUUUGGGCACUCGGAGCCGCGUGCACAACAGCCGUCGACGCGUUUAUGAAGUUGCUGUGGUGUGAAUAAGUCAAAUUUAGAGACAGAUGAGCUCUUUUUACGGCGAAAAAGCUGCGUUAGGACUGGCAGCGGAGCUCAGUCAGGUGAACUGUCAGGAUGAGCUGGAGUUUGACUACCUUUUUGAGUAUGAAAACCAAACAGGACUUCAAGAUGAGCAAGGCAUCUCCUCACACAGCUCUCCUCCGAGCCUCUCCUAUCCUCCAGAGGGCGUUGCCCCGUACGCCAUCAAGCCGUGUGCGUCCUCCUAUGUUGACGUCCACACUGAAGGCUUUUCUGCGUACGAGCAACUGGAGGCCAAGGGCUACCUGGAGCACGCCCGACCCAACAACCAGGCCUUGAGCCCCAGAAUCGAAAUCACACCUUCACGUGAGCUCUACAAUCAUGGUCAAAACCAGCUCAUAAACACCAGCCCCAGUCCUGGACUCACCGUGCCAGGUCAAGAUCCGUUAGCCUAUCGGGAGCCACAAUGCUUGAGUCCCGCCAGUAGCAAUUCAUCCACUUCCUGGCAUUCAGAAAACCUCUCACCCUGGGCAUCGCCCUGCGUUUCGCCCAGUAACAGCCAGCUUUCUGGAGACCUCUGUCCACGACUGCAGGGCGUCCAUACGGGGUCUCCAAGAACCAGUCCGGGCACUUCUCCACAGACCACCAGUCUGUCUGAGGACGCUUGCAUUGGCCCGCGCUCUCCCUCCCCCCGACCUGGAUCGCGUUCAACCUCCCCUCUAUGCAAACGCACCUACGAGAUGUACACAAACCCAAACCUUGUGCCUGUGGCCCGUUCUCGCAGCCCGUCGCCCCACGGUGGCCACAAGGAGCAUCACGUCAAUCAUUACAUCUCAAAUAAUGGCGUAAAUGGCUUUAGUGUUGGCCAGGCGGCUUCUGUUCCUACUAAAAUCGUAAAGACCAACCAGCAGGGCUACCCCCUUUAUUCAGACAACCACACUGAGGGUUACCUGCUGUCCUGUGAGCAGGAUAUGAAGGGCAAACCUGGCCCCGAGCCUUUCUUCGUCAUCCCUCAAAUCUGGCCCAAACAGCUGGUACCUGGCAUGUGCAGCAUCCCUGUGUCGUCUCUGCCGUCUCUGGAAUGGCCUCUGCCGAGCCGCACGGAUCAGCUGGAGCUCCACAUCGAGGUGCAGCCCAAACCCCAUCACAGGGCUCACUAUGAGACAGAGGGCAGCCGCGGGGCCGUCAAAGCCCCGACAGGAGGACACCCGGUGGUCCAGUUACGUGGAUACAGAGGCAAGGAGCCGCUGGGUUUGCAGAUCUUCAUUGGCACAGCAGACGAGCGAAUCCUGAAACCUCACGCUUUCUAUCAAGUCCAUCGCAUAACUGGUAAAACAGUCACCACCACCAGCUAUGAGAAGAUAGUUAAUGGUACCAAAGUUCUGGAAAUUCCCCUCGAGCCAAAGAAUAACAUGAAAGCAAUAAUUGACUGUGCGGGGAUUCUCAAGCUUCGCAAUGCCGACAUCGAGCUGCGGAAAGGAGAGACGGAUAUCGGCAGGAAAAACACGCGUGUACGACUGGUAUUCCGUGUUCAUAUUCCCCAGCAAAGCGGCCAGUAUCUGUCUCUACAAAUUGCUUCACAUCCUAUUGAAUGCUCUCAAAGAUCUGCUCAUGAGCUGCCCAUGGUGGAAAAGCAGGACAUGGAUGCUUGUUCGGUUCUUGGAGGGCAGCAGAUGAUCCUCACCGGCCAGAACUUCAGCGCAGAUUCAAAGGUGAUCUUCAUGGAGAAAACUCAUGAUGGACAGCAAAUUUGGGAACUGGAAGCAACAGUUGACAAAGACAAAAGUCAAGCAAGCAUGCUGUUCAUUGAGGUUCCUCCAUAUAGAGAUCCGUCCAUUUGCCAUGCUGUCAAGGUCAAUUUCUAUGUAAUAAAUGGGAAACGGAAGCGCAGUCAACCUCAGCAUUUCACCUACACACCUCUACCAGUACCAUCUAUUAAGACAGAGCCAGUGGAUGAAUAUGAAUCUGGACGAAUGGGCUAUUCCUUGUCACAGAUGCUGGGAGUUUCUCCCCAGUCGUACUAUAGCCCUCGUGGGGUGAUCCCCCCAGACAGCCUGGUCCCUGGCCUUGUCCCAUGUCAGCAGACCCGCCUGGGUGUCUCUCCUCCGGACCACCGAUUUCAACAGCAGAGCCCUGCCAUAAUGUACUCCCGUACUGGAAAAAGCUCAUCCAGCAGUCCCAUUUACUCUCAGACGGCAGCCACAAUGAUACCAGACUCCCAUCGAUCAGUUCUGGUCCACACCGGUUCCCCAGCCCAGUCCUCUCAUCUGGGAAGCCAACAUCCCACCAACCAGCAUCCCUCAAUCAUCCAAUUUUCUCCAACCAAUCAUCACCUGCUCCGAGGAGGAGGAGAUCCCCCUGCACCACCACCUCCUGAACAUCAGCACAUCAUUUAUUGUGAGGGCUAUAAUCAGCAUGGCCCUCAACCCACUGGGGCAAACCGUUCCCCAGCACCAGCCCAAGCGGCCCAACACCCUCAGAAUUACCCCACAGUCAUCCAGCAGCAGCCUUUCCUCCAGAGAGUGGCCAAAGACAGGUCACCGUCUGCCCAAGUUGAGCCCCAGAGAAGUUCCUCCGCAGAAGAACCGAGAGCCAAUGUACCUGGACGAGUCACGGUCAAGCAGGAGAAUCUGGAUCAGGCCUAUCUUGAUGAUGUGAAUGAGAUCAUCAGGAAGGAUCUGACAGGAGUGCAUGGCAGGAGUCAGACGUAGAGGAAAAAAACGUGAUCGGGAACCAAGCCGGAGCCCUGCAGUGUCUGUUUAUACGCCAUUUUCCUUUUACUCAGCGCAGCAUGUGAGAGAAACAGCGAUAAUUUGAUAAUUCACCUGUCACAAACUGUAUCAUGGACCACAUUUAACCAAACAUCCAGUAACAGCAGCGUGUUGACAUGCAAAUGGUGUUAAAUUUCCUUUCUAUUAUUUGACUUCUGAAACCGGUCCAAUGUUGACCUCAUAUGUCAGAGUUGUCACAAUUGAGCCUCCAUAAACAGUUUGGACUGGACAAGUGUAGUAAAGUCACAUGUUUCCAUAAUUAUUCCAUAACGUUUUGACUGAACCCACUCAGAUUAGUUUAUUUCGACCAAUAACCUCCAAUGAGACCAAACCAUUACUGUCCAAUAAUAAGUGGAGGGAAAGUGGAUGAAUUGACAGCUAAUGUUGAAUAUGUUUGUUUAAGCGUAGCUUGUUUUUGAAUAACACAAA